AUGGAUGACUCUGCAACUCCCCUACCGUCAUCAAUCUGGGCUUCCCUCAACAGCUGGUUCACUUCCACUGUCUUCUUCGUCCUCCUAAACGUCAUGAUUGCCACCAUUGUCUUCACCUCUAACUUACCCAACAACAAUCAACAAAAUCGUCAUCAACAAGACCCAGAACAAGAACAAAAACACAAUUCUCAGAACCACCCAAAUGACCGGAAUCAACCCCAAAUCGUCAGAUCUUCCUCCAUCCUCUACCGUCUCAAGUCCUUCAACUUCCUACCGCAGAGAUCCCAACAAGAUUUUUCGCCGGAGGACGACCACCACCAAGAACCUUUACAAGUAGCAGCUACACAGUAUGUAUUCAAUCAACCUAUCGACUAUCAACAUUUCGAUUACGAUUUGGAUUCAACCAGAUCCGAUCAUAUUCCGACCGGCAACGCCAACGUCGCCGCUCAGUUUUCUGCUUUCAAUCAAACCCAUGAAGCAUCAAUCCCUUAUUCGGAGACCCAUGUCGUAUGGGAACAUCAACAAACCGUAGAAACAAGGACGGGUCAUUUCGAUUUCGACCCGACCCACGAUGAGAUCCGGAGCGAUACGGGCUUUGAAGAUGCCCAUGAAGAUGAACACGCUGAUGAGUUACAGAGCUUGGAUGAGGUGUACAGUAAACUGAAAGGUGGGCAUGACAGAACCAAGUCCGAAAGCGACCUCACAUCGAAGCCACCGGCGAAAAUGAAGAAAUCAGCAAGUCUGAAAGUGGGUUUCGCGCAUCUCGAGGAGGAAGAGAUCGUGGAGUCUCGCCGGCCGGUAACCGUGAGAGAGAGAAAGUCUGCGGCUAGGGUGAUGGAAGAGGAUGACGUCGAAGUCGAUACAAAGGCCGAUAACUUCAUCAACAAGUUCAAGAACGAUCUGAAGUUGCAGAGGAUCGAGUCGAUUAUCCGGACAAAGGGCGCGACAGGUAGAGGGGCUACCAAGUAA